AAGAAAAAAAACCUACAUUGGGUUUUUACUUUAUACCACCCACAUCGUUGCACUAUUUGUUGUAGUUGAUUAGAAAUCACGACUGCGCGAUUCCCAAACGAAACGACAACCCCCGCUUACCACCCCAUCUCUCUGCAACUUCUCUUCACACUCCGCCAUGGCUGACGAGGAACCUGUUGAUCCAAAGAAGCUUCUUGAAGAGUCUUGCAAACCAAAAUGUGUGAGACCGUUACUUGAAUAUCAGGCAUGCAUUAAAAGGAUACAAGGCGAUGAUUCUGGGCAGAAACACUGCACUGGACAAUAUUUUGAUUAUUGGUAUUGCGUUGACAAAUGUGUUGCACCAAAGCUAUUCACCAAACUGAAGUAAUCGGGGAGAAUAUUUUGGUAUUAUAAUGUUGUUUUGUUUUAUCUUCAUUCCCAAACAACUACUCCUAAAAUGUGAUUUUGUAACCAAAACUCAUGCCCUGUAUGGUUUUUAUUUUGCUUAUUGGGAAAUUUUGAUCCCAUGGAGACAUUGGGUGAUAAUUAAUAAUGUGUUUGGAAGUAUGCUGGUAUAGACCAAACGUUUUUGUCAAGUUUGAAAAAUGUGUUUGGAAACGGGCCUUUUGGAUUUAUUUCCGCCUUGCUGAUUUC